AUGAGGGGUUCAGCAAAAUUUAAACCCCGAAUCACUAAAACGGAAAAAUUCUAUAUAUAUGCAGGUCCAUGUGAUAAUUGUCCACCGUCAGUCGAGCCUUGGGUUAUGCAAUUUUGCUCAAUGCCAGAAAAUAAAUGGUAUGCAAAAAUAGAUCGCAAUUGGUUAAUAGAUCCUUUCAAUCAAUACGGAUUAGAAGAAAUUUUACCAAAUUUCGAUCUUGCUCUCGAUAUGAUAACAGAUGAACACUCCAAAAAAUGGAUUUACCUAACAGAUCAGAAUAUUUCAGCAGUUCUUGUCCAAGCAAAACAUCUUUAUGGUAUGCUUCAUGCAAGAUAUAUUACUCAAAGUCCUGGCUUAAAACAGAUGAAAGAAAAAUACAACGAAGAGCUAUUUGGUACAUGUCCAAGAGUCAAUUGUGACAAUGCGAAACUUCUUCCUAUCGGAACUACUUUUCGCGUGAAACAUCAUUCAGUAAAAUUAUUUUGCCCUUGCUGCUACGACAUAUACAAAGCACCACGGAAAGUUGCUCUAGAUGGUGCCCAUUUUGGAUCUGCUUUUCCUCAUAUUUUUUUAGCAAGUUAUCCUGCAUUGGAUAUGCAUUCCAAGUUUAAGCAAUUUGAUAUACAUAUGUUUGGCCUGAAGUUGAAUAGAAAUAGUCUCCCUGCUUUUAUACCUCACGAAAGAAAUGUUCAUCAGCAUGAUAUUUAUUCUGAUUAUGAUGAAGAAGAGGAAGAAGAAGAUGAAUCGGAUGACAACUAA